CAUUCACAAGUAUUAGCCAAUAGCGUUUGAGGUGAGAAACACGCUUGUGACGUCUGUUCUUGACACUAGCACAGCUGAAAGUCAACUUGAGGGUGUUGUACUACGCGGAGGAUCGCAACAGAGAUCUUUAAAGUACACCGGAUCUUUUGAUAACUUCGAAGUAAAAUCAGCCAUAUUUCGAAGGAUCUUGCUUGACGGGACACAAGUUGCGGUACGAAAGAAAUCUUUGGCCGUCCGCAACGACCAACAAUUUUUUUUGUUAUUGUGUAACUACAUGAGAGAAGCUGUUUCUUCGUCUGUGAUCAUUUGAUUCUGCGAGCACACCUGAAGGACGGAAAGGUCAUCAGAAGUUAAAGCCCCCUGUUGUGUGAAUUUUUUCACGUGGUUGAUGGUCGUCGAACCUUAACGACAUUCCAUCUGCUGUCCACCAAUCCGCCACUGUGGCGACUGUGUGUGAUCCCCACCUGUGUCACAAUAUAAGACAUUUUCAUAUUAGAAGGACGUACUAAUAGUACACGAUGCAUCGCAUCGCGAAACUUAUGAGUGAACGGCCCUGCCUUGUCAUCCCAUAUCUCCUAAGGACUAGUCGCUUCUACACAACCAGAGUGGAAGAUGCAAGUGGAACUGGUGCAGCUCGAAAUUUUGCAACCCAGGCAGCAGCAGAGCCGUUUCUCAAUGGCAGCUCAUCCACCUAUGUGGAGGAAAUGUAUCUGGCUUGGCAGCGGGAUCCAACAAGCGUUCAUGUGUCCUGGGACAGUUUCUUUCGGCAAAGUUCUCGAGGGGCUCCGCCAGGCCAGGCCUAUGUUCGACCUCCUGCUCUGAGUCCCGUCAGCGCUGUUCCCAUGCCACUUCCACGUCAUGCUGUUACCCAGGGAGCUCCUGUUGACGAGAAAACCAUCGAAGAUCACUUGGCUGUACAGUCUAUCAUUCGUUCAUAUCAGACACGGGGUCACAACAUCAGUGCACUGGAUCCGCUUGGAAUCUUAAGUGCUGAUUUAGAUUCUGAGAUCCCACCAGAGUUGAUUGUUUCAAAUUAUGGGCUGGAUGAUCAGGCUAUGGAGAGGGUUUUUCGCUUGCCAACUACAACCUACAUUGGAGGGAAUGAAGCAGCUCUACCUCUGAAAGAGAUUAUACGACGUCUGGAGGAAGUGUACUGCCGGCACAUUGGUGUAGAGUUUAUGUUCAUCAAUAACCUCGACCAAACUGACUGGAUACGUCGCAAAUUUGAGACGCCAAGUAUCAUGCAGUUCAGCAACGAGGAGAAACGCCUCAUCCUGGCCCGUGUCAUCCGUUCCAUAAGAUUUGAAGAAUUUCUUGCUCGUAAGUGGUCUUCAGAAAAACGUUUUGGACUGGAAGGAGGCGAAGUGCUUAUUCCAGCUAUGAAGACUAUCAUUGACUCUUCCAGUGCUCUUGGUGUUGAGAGCUUUGUUAUCGGCAUGCCUCACAGAGGUCGAUUGAAUGUACUUGCCAAUGUAUGUCGCAAACCUUUGGAGAAGAUCAUCUGCCAAUUUGACUCGAAGCUUGAAGCUGCUGAUGAGGGAUCUGGAGAUGUGAAAUAUCACCUGGGCAUGUCACAUGAACGUCUAAACCGUGUCACCAACAAGUACAUCAAGCUAGCUGUGGUGGCUAAUCCUUCUCACUUGGAGGCUGUUGAUCCUGUUGUUCAGGGCAAGACAAAGGCUGAGCAGUACUACCGUGGGGACACUGAUGGCAAAAAGGUGAUGAGUAUUUUGCUGCAUGGAGAUGCUGCCUUUGCUGGUCAAGGAAUUGUAUAUGAGACACUCCACCUGUCAGAUUUGCCAGCUUUUACAACCCAUGGCACCAUUCAUGUAGUUGUCAACAAUCAGAUUGGCUUCACCACAGAUCCAAGAAUGGCAAGAUCAUCUCCUUACUGUACUGAUGUUGCUCGUGUGGUGAAUGCUCCCAUUUUUCACGUGAAUGCUGAUGACCCAGAAGCAGUGACCUAUGUCUGCAAAGUGGCUGCAGAGUGGAGAGCCACGUGGGGCAAAGAUGUGGUUGUCGACUUGGUGUGCUAUCGCCGAAAUGGUCACAAUGAGAUUGAUGAACCCAUGUUCACACAACCCCUCAUGUACAAGAAAAUAGCCAAGCAGCCAACAGUGCUGACAAAGUAUGCCGAGUUUCUCAUCCAAAACAACGUUGUCACACAGCAGGAAUAUGAGGAAGAGAUCGCUAAGUAUGAUAAGAUCUGUGAAGAGGCCUACAUGCUUGCCAAGAAAGAAACUGCUGUGGCCAAUACAGAGUGGCUCGACUCACCGUGGACAGACUUCUUUCAAAAGAAGGACCAGAUGAAACUUCCCAGCACUUGGGUUAAGGAGAGUACUUUAACACACAUCGGUCAGGUGUUUAGCUCAGAGCCUGAAGAUUUUGUCAUCCAUGGAGGUUUAAAAAGGGUGCUUCGAGCACGUGCUGAAAUGUUGAAGAACCGCGAGGCAGACUGGGCAAUGGGAGAAGCUUUGGCAUUUGGUUCCUUGCUUAAAGAAGGAAUCCAUGUGCGUCUCAGCGGUCAGGAUGUGGAGCGUGGAACUUUCAGUCACCGACACCAUGUACUGCAUCAUCAGGAGAUUGAUAAGAAGACACUGGUGCCUCUUAACCACCUGUAUCCCGACCAAGCCCAGUACAUUGUCUGCAACAGUUCUUUGUCAGAGUUUGGUGUUCUAGGGUUUGAACUUGGUUACUCCAUGACCAAUCCCAAUGCUCUUGUGAUUUGGGAGGCACAGUUUGGAGACUUCGCAAACAAUGCCCAGUGCAUAAUUGACCAGUUCAUCUCUAGUGGCCAAGCCAAGUGGGUCCGCCAAAGUGGCAUUGUCUUGCUUCUACCACAUGGGUAUGAGGGCAUGGGUCCUGAGCACUCUAGCUGUCGUAUUGAGCGAUUUUUGCAGCUUAGCAAUGAUGAUGCAGACCUUUUCCCUGUGGAGGAUGCAAACUUUGAGAUUCAGCAGCUUCACGAGAUCAAUUGGUUUGUUUGCAACCUAACCACUCCAGCCAACUUCUUCCAUGCUAUGCGCAGACAGAUUGCACUGCCCUUCCGUAAACCUCUGAUCAUAGCUACACCCAAGAGUUUGCUUAGGCUCCCAGAAGCCCGAUCCAGUUUUGAUGACAUGAUAGAAGGUUCAAAGUUCCAGCGAGUGAUUCCUGAGAAUGGCCCUGCCCUUGAGAACAGCCACGAAGUCCAGCGGUUGCUUUUCUGCUCUGGCAAAAUAUACUAUGAACUGGUCAAGGAACGCGAAAGGAAGGAACGUGUCAAAGACAUUGCUAUUGCCCGCAUUGAACAGAUUUCACCAUUCCCAUUUGAUCUUGUCAAGGCUGAAAUCCUGACGUAUCCUAAGGCCUCCAUAUGCUGGGUCCAGGAAGAACACAAAAACAUGGGUCCUUAUUCAUAUGUUGAACCGAGACUGCGUACUGUCCUCCGCAAGACUGGAGACACGCGCGAAAUAGAGUAUGCAGGAAGGUUCCCUUCAGCAGCAGCAGCAACAGGCAACAAGCAGAUGCAUUUGAUGGAGCUGGCCGGCGUAUAUUCAGCAGCUCUUGACUUGUAAUAAAUGCAGUUCACUUGACAACAUGCUGAUCAGAUGUGUUUCCUUGUAAUUUCUCAUCAGGUUUCUCCCCCCCACUUAACCUUUGUCAUGUAGUAAGAAUACCAGGUCUCAUUUUAUGACCAUUUAAACACAAUGAAAGCUUGAAAAGAAAAAACUGGGUUUCAGACCUCAGAGUUCAACUGUAACCAGUUUGAUCUGCAGUGACUAAUUAAAUCUAUGCUCUGGGGUUCAGCAAAUCAAAUGUUGAAAGGAAUGCCUCUGCUUCUGUUAGACAUUUGAUGGUGAUCAGAUGGCAGUAAAUCUGCAAACCACACAGGCCGAUCAGAAUUUGAAUGGAGCAGUUACUCUAUCUAAACAGAUGCCACAUAGAGGGACAUUUCUAAUAACAUGGACUUGCCAAAAGAAAGAGCUGCAGCAGGGAUUGUUUUUUCCUUUGGUGGAGAACAUUUUCACAUGAGGAUGUACAUUAAAAAUGUUCCAGAUAUAUUUAAAUAUUUUCAGUAUAUUUAUGCCUGGAGUCUAAAAGAUGGAUUUUAUUUUUUUGUUUUUCUUGCAUCACAUCAAUGCAGAUCGGUGAGCACUAUAUGUAACGCAAGGAGUUUUACCUCAGAAAAAUUAUACAGGAUCUGUUUUUUUCUUGGCUGUCUACACCAUUAAGUCUCACCUUCUACUUGUUUUCUUUUUACUCCCUAUGCACUAAAGGCUUUUUUUUUCAUACGAUGUAGCAGAACAUAAGGGUUGAAUUUUUUUUUUUUUUUUUAAAGCAAGAAACAACCCAUGAUUUUAGCUAGCUUCUGUGUUCUGGCAUAGCUUUCUUGUACAAGGAUGUUAGUAAUUUUAGAGUAUUUAGUGGGAAAUAAACAGUCUGCAGAAGAAUGUGGAGUUCAUUUAGACAAGGGUUGCCUUUUUGCAGAAAAGCAAAGGUAUUAAACAAUGACCUGGCCAUAUGGAAACUGUUUCCUUGCGGGUCUCCCACCCCCAAUGUUUUCUGUGAAAUUCUUUUUUGCUGUAACAACUGUAUGUGGAUAAAUUAAAACUAUUUUAGAUUAAUCCUGUACUCUUUAGAAUUUAUUUUGUAUACCAGCCAGUUACAAAAUAAGGAGUAAAGGUAGUCAAAAAAAGAAAAGAGAUCAAAACAUAUAUUAUGAUAUGCCUCAAGAUUAAAUUUCUUGUUUUGUUUGUAGGGAUUUUAUGGGUAAGGAAUUUAUUAAGGAAAUUGCAUACCAAUUGCCAACAGGGUUUGCAGAAAUUGUUUUCACAAAUGGAUUCUGUUCCUCUUUGUGGAAAGUGUUAUAGUAUGGCUUUUUAUGCGUAAAGGAGCGCUUUCUUGACAUAAUAAAACCCAAGAAUGAGAUGUGAGGCAAUUGUUCUAAUAGCUUUGAACAAUGUACAGUUUAUUUCAAAUAGACAUGUCUUCCUAGUUUUAAAAAAUGUAUGCACACAUGGGUUGCAGGAGAGAGAGCUUUGGUGGAAUAAUUUUUGACUAGAUAUUUGUAAACAGCUCUGUUUUACCACAAGUACUAUAUGGAUACCAUGAAAGAUUGUCAUUAUAUGUGAAGCUUUUGGCAGCUCCAUUUUUUUUUAAGAGCAAGGCAUACGAGCUUGGCUAGAACAGUUUGUAUCUGUCCAAUUUUUGGUUUGUAUUUUCUGUUUUACAUCUGUUUCAUACCAAAUAUGGUACAUCAAAGUUUAGAAAUUUGGUAUUAGAUUUUAUAGCCUUUUUGUCAGAAUCGCAGAUGCAGCGUGUGUUCUGUAAUAGACAUAAAAAUAUUAAUUUUAUAUUAGUACAAAGAAAACCAUAAGUGUCCACUCUGAAGCAAGAUCUUUACAGUAAUUUAUUGGUCUGUUCAAAAAAAAAAAAUCAAACCAGUUUGAAGAGUUGUUAAAAUUGAAUUUAAACUUCUAAAGAACUGUUUGCAAGGAAAUAAGUGCCUCAUUUUCAUUUGUCUUGACUUUUUAUCAUUAUGCUUUACCGGUUCAUUUCUUCUCUCUACCAUAAUACCUUAGAGCAGUAGUAAAAGCAUCUUGUAUGAAAAAAAUUUUUUUUUUUAACAUGUAUUCAUGAAACUUAGCCUAAUCAGCUUUGGAGAUUUUUGCAUUUCUGUGGUUUCAGAAGUAUUUAGUAACAUUUGUUUAAACUUUUUUUAGACCUGAAGUGCUGAUUCUGAAGAAUUACAUCCGUAGGUGAUAUUUCAUUUGAUUGUUGGUCUGGUUUUUAUUUUGGCAUCACAGCUGUCAAUAAGAAAUAUGGUUUUUAUUGUA